UAGUCUGCGUGGCGCGGCUGUCAUUGGCUGUCUCAUUCUUCUCCUUGAUCCACACGACGGCUGUUCGGGCAUGUCGCUGUUCGCCUGUUGCGUUCGUCGGAAUCGACGGCGAGCCGCAGAAGCACGCCAGCAAGCGCUGUUGAAGGAACCACCAGAGAUAUCAUGGGAGAACACGCUCGGCUCUCCCCACGGCGUGCCCUUCGACGACGACACGAAGGAAUUGCUCAAGAGCUGCCUCGACGUCUCCGUGCCUCCGCCGACCAACCUGGCGGAGCUAAUCAAGCGGAGCAAUGCGUUUCCCGUAAAGUUCCCGAUUAGCACCAUGAGGUGCGCCGCUCUAAGGGACAGAGGGAUCGGCGCGGAGACCGUCGAGUUAAACGCGAACUCGGUGUAUCCGCUAAUACACGAGGCGAUGCUGCCGUUGAUCGCUCGAUGGUUGAAACACAAGCGAUUGCACGGUAGCGUCGUCGAAAAAGCCGUGUACAAGGAUAUGAGUCUCAUCCAAUUCAUUCAUCGCUUGCUGGAGAACAGGGCGGUCUGCUUCUACAAUCCUGACGAUCGGUGGAAAUUAAUCGACAAUCAAACAGGCAUCGACGGGUGGGAGAACAUCGGUACUGAUCAUGAGAAGGAACCGUUGGUUCUUUCGAAGUGCUUGAGCUAUGACGAGAUCAAGUUAUCGGCGAUGAUGAUAGUGUCGUCUCACACAGAGUUUAUAAACGACGGCGCGCGAAAGAAUAGAGGCAUCGUAAGCAGUGACCCAGACGCCGUCCAACCACGAGGAGUUAUUAUGGGUGUCAUAGGCACAAGAUUCGCAAGGCCUCGAGCGAUGGAAUAUCAGGACAUCAUCAUCACACCACUACAAAACAAUGUAGAUAACGGAUACGGAUCCCCGGCGGAGAAUGCACCCGAGGAAAAGUACGGGAUGCGCGUUUUAUGGGCGAAGUUUUACGGCGAGGAUUAUCACCCGCUCUACGAGGAGACUGUGAAGCGCGUUAAAUCGAAAGAUAACAAGCGUUAUCUAUCGCUAACUAACCAGACGAUCUUCGAUAUCGAGAAUUACAUGAAGAGGACCUUGCUCUCCGUAGAAAUAAUAUUGUUAGACGCGAACACCCGCGCCGAGAAGCAUAAUACCACCGCUUUCUUACACGUCGUCGGCUUCGGCCUCGGUGUCUGGAGAGUACUUCAAAAUCAGGAGAUCUAUUUCUUAAAAACAUUUGAGAUCGCCAUCAGAAAGAUGAACAAGAAGCUCAAGUACGUCUCCGACAUCAUGUUCGCUUACUUCCGACAGCAGAAAUGCGGCGGCGCGGGAAACGGCGAUUACCUCGGCGACAUAAAAAUUCACUUUGCCCUGAGGGAGCCUCACAGCAGGCUGUUCCGAUCCGCCGACGCGAAUAAACUGCUGAUCGUGACUUAUGCCUGGGACGGAAACGCGUUACCAGGGAACGAAUUUUGGAGCGGCUCUCUCGAGAGCAGCAGCGAUCCAGCGGCGGCAUGCAGCACCCAAGUAACCGAGCUGCAUAACUCGAGAAUCAAUCCGCGCGCGUGUGGCGAGAGCUUGCACGUUGCCUCCGCGGAACACGGAAUUCUGCACAUAUCUGAUUACGCGAGGCUCCAUCUUACUUAGGAAAGGGCUGGCCCGGCGAUCAACAGCGGGCAACGAAGACCAUCUCGAUCACCGCGCAGUCAGCGUAGCCGCAGCGCGGACGUGGACUGCCUGAAGAAGUACACGGAGCGUCGCGUGGAGGAACGUCGGCACACGGAA